AUGUACGGAAAGCCAUUUGUUAUCUUUGCCGCCCUUAGCACUUUUGUCUCCAGCACUGUUGCCGCUCCCAGCCAAACGCCCAACAUUGAACGCCGCAGCUAUCAGUUGGACAUUCCAGAGGGCAGUGACUGGUCCGUAUCCUAUUCGUGCAAAAGCGGCAACGUCGAUCACUCUGGCACCCAGGCCGAUACGGGCAAGUGCAUUAAAAUCGAUGGGGAUGCUCCGGAGUUCCGGUUCAACUACAAUGACGACAUCUUCCAUUACUUCACAAUGGAUAUGUACGUGAAUGAUGACUGCACCGAGAAGGAUUAUGGUUGGUGGACAAACUUCUGGAACGGAAGCAAGUUGGGGCACAAGAUACAGAACAUGCCAAAUGGCUGCGAUCUUGCAGCGGGUUCUGUCAAGGGGGAUAGUUUUGGAGAAACCGGAGUCAAGUUUGGAUCCUACAAGAUUACUGCUAUUACGCGGGCCGCUCUUGAGAGGCCGCCGUCUAAGUAG